AAUGACGAGCGCAAUGAAGAGAGAGCUCUUGUGUGUCCUGCUGCUCUGUGGAGCUGUCUUCAGUUCACCCAGCCAGGAAAUCCACAGGCGACUCAGGAGAGGAGCCAGAUCGCACAGAGGUGGAGUGACCUGCAGAGACGAGAAAACACAGCUGACGUACCUGCAACAUGAGUCCUGGCUGCGGCCCCUGCUCAGGGGCAACAGGGUGGAGCACUGCUGGUGCAACGGUGGCCGGGCCCAGUGCCACUCGGUGCCCGUCAACAGUUGCAGCAAACCUCGGUGCUUCAAUAGGGGGACAUGUUGGCAGGCCCUCUAUUCCUCAGAGUUCGUCUGCCAGUGCCCUGAAGGGUUCAUCGGGAAACGCUGUGAAAUAGAUGCCAGCGCCACAUGCUACAAGGACCGGGGCGUCACCUACAGAGGCACGUGGAGCACAGCGGAGAGCGGGGCCGAGUGCGUCAACUGGAACAGCAGCAGCCUGGCUAUGAAACCCUACAGUGGGCGCAGGCCUGAUGCCAUCAGGCUGGGCCUCGGCAAUCACAACUACUGCAGAAACCCAGACCAAGACUCAAAGCCCUGGUGCUACAUCUUCAAGGCAGGGAAGUACAUCUCUGAGUUCUGCAGCACGCCAGCCUGCGGCAAGGAAGACGAUGGGGACUGCUACCAGGAGAAAGGGCUGGCAUACCGCGGCACCCGCAGCCUCACCACGUCUGGGGCCUCCUGCCUCCCGUGGAGUUCCAUGAUCCUGGUGGGCAAGAUUUACACCGCCUGGAAGAGCAACGCGCAGGCGCUGGGCCUGGGCAAGCACAAUCACUGCCGGAACCCAGAUGGGGACGCGCAGCCUUGGUGCCACGUGCUGAAGGAUCGCCAGCUGACGUGGGAGUAUUGCGACGUGCCCCAGUGCGUCACCUGUGGCCUGAGACAGUACAAGCAGCCCCAGCUCCGCAUCAAAGGAGGCCUGUUCACGGAUAUCACCUCCCACCCGUGGCAGGCCGCCAUCUUCGCCAGGAACAGGAGGUCCCCCGGAGAGCGGUUUCUGUGUGGGGGGGUCCUGAUCAGCUCCUGCUGGGUGCUGUCGGCCGCCCACUGCUUCCAGGAAAGGUACCCUCCCAACCAUCUCAAGGUGGUCCUGGGCAGGACGUACCGGCUGGUCCCUGGAAAGGAGGAGCAGACAUUUGAAGUAGAAAAAUACAUCGUCCAUAAGGAAUUCGACGAUGACACUUACAACAAUGACAUAGCGCUGCUGCAGCUGAAAUCGGACUCACUGACCUGCGCCCUGGAGAGCGACGCCGUCCGCACCGUCUGCCUCCCGGACGCCGGCCUGCAGCUGCCAGACUGGACAGAGUGCGAGCUGUCUGGCUACGGAAAGCACGAGGCCUCUUCUCCAUUCUACUCCGAGCGCCUGAAGGAGGCCCAUGUCAGGCUGUACCCAUCCAGCCGCUGCACUUCCCAGUAUUUGCUUAACAGGACUGUCACCGACAACAUGCUGUGCGCCGGAGACACACGAAGCGGCGGGGACGGAGCAAACCUGCAUGACGCCUGCCAGGGUGACUCGGGCGGCCCCCUGGUGUGUAUGAAGGACAACCACAUGACCUUGGUCGGCGUCAUCAGCUGGGGCCUCGGCUGUGGCCAGAAGGGCAUCCCGGGCGUGUACACCAAGGUUACUAAUUACCUGGACUGGGUUCGGGACAACACACGGCCAUGACCAGGGGGCACCGGUUCCCUGCAUCACGGAGACCCUGCUUCCUUCACCUCCGAGGAUGCACUGCGGCGGGGCCUUCUUCACGCAGCACAGGUGGGGGAGGAUGCAUUUCCAUAGGUACCUUCCCGUUUUGGAAGCUUUCAGGGCUUCAGGUCUGAAACGUACUCUGUCUGAUGGGAAGAGGGGUAAACGCCAGCCCCUCCUGGGAUCCCAGGCCCCCGGGGCAGAAGGCCACCUCCUCUGUCCACGUGAGCAGCUUUCGAAACGGGACCGCAAAGGUGAAAGUGUGUCUCAGUAGGCAAAGGGAACGCGAGAACGCGAUCCUUCAGGAAAGAAGGGUUAGAAAUAGUCUUAGUAGGACUAGAAUGUCUAUCUCUAGUCACCAGGAAGCCCAGCAGGCGGCUCCUAAUAAGGGACGGGCUGGCUGGC